CCUUUCAAAUCACCUCCUGAAUUCAGUUGAGUCAUAGUUCUUCCUCUCAGCUCACAGAUGAAUGCUGCAAAGGUUGAAACGAGUUCCAUGGGCAUGCUGCAGAGGGCAGACCUCACUGCUGCAGACUGCCUGCAGGAGGGAGAAAUGGGUAAAAAAAUCCAAGGAAAAUGUUUCAGAAUCAUCUCCACUGUGUCUCCUGUUAAACUUUACUGCUGCUAUGGAGUGAUCAUGGUCCUCACUGUAGCUGUAAUUGCUCUUUCAGUUGCUUUGUCAGUGAGAAAUAAAAUCCCAGCCAUGGAAGACCGUGAACCUUGCUACACCGCAUGCCCAAGUGGCUGGAUUGGAUUUGGAAGUAAAUGCUUUUAUUUUUCUGAAGACAUGGGAAACUGGACCUUCAGUCAGUCCUCCUGCGUAGCAUCAAAUUCCCAUCUAGCACUGUUUCACAGCCUGGAGGAGCUGAAUUUUCUGAAGAGAUACAAGGGGACUUCUGACCACUGGAUUGGCCUGCACAGAGCAUCAACACAGCACCCUUGGAUAUGGACAGACAACACUGAAUAUAGCAACUUGGUUCUCACGAGAGGAGGAGGAGAAUGUGGCUUCCUGAGUGAUAAUGGGAUCAGCAGUGGCAGGAGCUACACACAUAGGAAGUGGAUUUGUAGCAAGUUUGUCAGUAGUUGUAAAUCCAGAGUAGGAAGUGUACCAAGGCAUGUGUGAGAAUCAAUCAGAUGCUCUAUGACCUGUUAUCUACAGUUGGUGCUCUGCUCCUGAUCAACCAAAACCAUUAUCAAAAACCAAAACCAUUAUCAAAAUCCAGCAAUAAUCACAUUGACAGCCAAGAUGAAAAUUAGUUUAGAGGAGUGUUGGGCACCGGACAACCUGAGUAGGAGACAACCUGAGUCCCGCCAGAGUACUGGUGCUCUGGGCGGCCAUACUCAGGAGUACUGCUGCAAACUUUCAACGUGGCCCCGGGUGGGUGUCUGGCUGUGGGAAGCCAGAGAACCCCAGCCCGCGGGAGUUGGGGUGUGUGGACAAGUGGCAUUCCGAGGUCUCUGAGCCUCAUGGAUGCCAGAGAUAACAGGUUCUCCGUCUCGAGCAUCCCAGACACCGUUGGACACUGUGAAAGAGCUAAGGACAAAGUGGGAGCCCAGGGGGCAGCUUGGACAAUUUUUCCUGAUCUGAAAAGAAUCUAGUAAAGAGUAAAAUUCAAAUGGCAUACACACGUAUGGAAUUCUCAAAAAAGAUGAGACUCUCGCCUCGCCCCCUGCUGUCUCCUCCCUUUGGUCCUGGGGAUGGCCAAGCACUAUUUAUUGAUAUUGAUCUUACUUCCUGUGCUAAGCACAUUAUUUUGAGAAAUGUUUUGCAGUUCUUAUCAAGUUUAGUGUAUCUGGUUUUAUACUGAAGUCUUUGGUCCAUGUCGAACUAAGUUUGGUACAGAGUGAUAAGUAUGAUAUAUUUGCAUUUUUCUAAUAAAGACAGUUUGAAGAUCAGUUUCACCAGUUUCAUUUGUUGAAGAUGCUGGCUUUUUAUCUGGUGUGUAUUUAUAGAUUCUUUAUCAAACAUCAAGUGUCCAGGGGCUGGAGACUCUGCUGUUAAGAGCAUUGGCUGCUCUUCCAGAGGAACACAGUUCAGUUCCCAGCACCCAUGUGGCAGCUCACAUCUAUUUGUAACUCUAGCUCCAGGAGAUUGACACUGUAACACAGACACACAUACAGGUAAAACAUCAGUGCACAGAACUGGAGAGACGACUCAGUGGUUAAGAGCACUGACUGCUCUUCCAGAGGUCCUGAGUUCAAUUCCUACCAACCACAUAAAAUGAGGAUCCUAUGUCCUCUUCUGGUAUGUCUGAAGACAGCAACAGUGUACUCACAUACAUUAAAUAAAUAAAUAAAUAAAUAAAUAAAUAAAUAAAUAAAUAAAUGGAUGGAUCUUAGAUGACCACAGGAGGAGGGACACUGAACCAAGGUUAUCUACUGUCCCAAAAAAUUAAAAUCAAUGCACAUAAAAAUAAAUCCUUAAAAAAAUGUGAGAUGUCCAUAAGCAUGUAGACUUACAUUUCUGUCAUUAAUAUGAUUCUGAUGCUCAGCAGGUUUGCUUUUUGGUUUUGUUUUAACACUGUGCUGUUUGCAUCACUAUACCUUUGUAAUAAAAUCUGAGAUCACA